AUGUGUAAAAAAAGAAAUGAAAUAAAUCAUUAUAUUAGAAAAAAAAAAAUUUCUCCAUCCCCAAAACCAAUACCAAAAUCAAAAUCAACUCCAUCCUCAAGACCAACACUUGGACCUAGACCUAGACCAAGAACAAGAGCAAGAGCAAGAACAAGAACAAGACCAACUCCAAUACUUACAUCACCAACACCAAUACCACUGCCAACCCCACAAUCAACACCAAAACUAAAAUCAACUAAAAUCGGUUCAAAGAAAUUUUUAUGA